AAAAACUGAUUCAUUUCUUUGUGAUACCUCAAUCACUUCCCAAAAUACAAGAGCCCUAGAGGACCUUUCCAUAGAAAACAGAGAAGAGUUUCCCCUAAGAGGAACAAUGAUGGAAAUACCUCAAAAUGUCUCUUCCACAAGUACAAAAUCUGAUUGACCAUCAAACAAGAUCAGAAAAAAUUCCCUCUCUCCACCCUUGUCCAGGUACACAGGAAGAAAGAAAAUUUGUCUGCAACAAGCCAGUUUGAAGCAAAGGCUGACUCUUGUUGGCGGAUCACCAUACAGUGCACUGAACUAGCCAGGUCACUGUUAAUCAAUAACCAGGACCUUUCUGAAUUUGAAAGCAAUCAUUCUAUGUGGAAAACCUGAAAUGGAUAAGAAGAGGCAAGAAGAUCUUAAAAUGAAUUGUAAAUGGAAAAUCAUCAUCACCACAGUUAUAGUUGUUAUGAUCAUUGGGAUCAUUGGGCUGGUUAUAUAUGAAGAAAAUGUUGAAAUGCCAGAAAAUGUCAUUAGCCUUGAACACAAUGCUUUUGAUGACCAAUAUGUGGGCUGUGAAGAGACCAUGGAGAUGAGGGCAAAAGAACUCUUAGCUCAAGAAAGGGCAAUGAACUCCAAUUUCAAUGAAGUUUGGGAAAAUGCAGAAAUUGAAUGGGAAAAUAUGUCUACGGAAAAGAAAAGAAUGAAAAUGCCAUUUGAAGUUGCUGUCAUUGCCUACACAAUGGAAAAAAAAAAGAUCUACCCAGCCUUUAAUCAAGCAGUGAGAAAAUGCUGUGCAUCCUGGGAGGCUUAUAUGAACAACUUCCACUUCAAAGCUCUCCACUUCUAUCUAACCAGAGCUGUUCAAAUCCUGAAAAGAUCCUGUAAAGAUGUUUACAGGGGUAUCUCCGUGAAGCAGUACCCCGAUGGGACAGGGGAGAUGCGCUUUGGUCAACUUGCUUCAACCUCACUGAAACAAUAUGUGGCCAGAAGAUUCACAAAUGGCUCAGGGACCCUUUACAAGGUGCACACCUGUGAAGGGGCUCCCAUUGAACAUUUGUCAGCUUAUCCAGAUGAAAAGGAGGUGCUGAUCCCACCAUAUGAGGUGUUCAAUGUCUCUAGGUUCUCAGAAUCUGAAGGCUUUCAAAAUGUUGAGCUAAAAAGCACAAGAACAUUUAGCAAGUUUAACUGCGCCUACUUAGAAGCUUUUGGUAAUAAGGCAGCAGUCCGUGGACAACUGACAACCAUCUUAUUCUCUGGAGUCCUCACUCUGGUUUUCCAAGCUCAUUCCCAGACUUUGACAGAGUUGUGACUACACUGGGGACCAGUAUACACAGUGGUAUGCUGGUAAAUGUUUACAAAAUGGCUCUUCCCCCUCCCAAAAAAGGAAUCGGAGUUGGAGCACUUUUAGAUAUAAUCUGCAUUGUUAAUAUUUUCCAUCAUUUUCUUAAGUCUAGAUUAGUAAUAAAAUAAUAACUGAUGUAGUAUUUGCCAACUUCUAAGUAUAAAUACUUACACUGAAAAUGUAAUAAUCAGAUUUCUCAGGCAGGUUGGAACUAGUUCUAGAACAUCCUGGCGUGUAGGUCUCUCUCAACGCCAUGGGCUAAGGCAAUGUCUGCAUAAUCUACAGCUCAGCUAGGGCACAUUGGAAAGGGGGAUAGUUUGAGUCUGGUCUCAUCUUUCCACACAAUAAUCCAUAGAAGGUGCUAACAUGGAAAUGUUUUAAAGGCUUCAUCUUAUCACAGAUUAUGAGAUUAUCAAGUUGAAAUAAAAAAGAAAUGAUUUCUCACCAUUA